AUGUCACAUGAAGAGGAUAUAGUCCACAGUGUAACGGGGAAUUUCGGGCGAUGGCAGUUACGCACCAUAAUCUUAGUGUUUUUGUGUAAAAUCCCCACCUCCUGGUUCAUGGCCUGUGUCAUUUACACAGCACCAGUUCCACAAAAAACGGAUUAUUAUUGUAAACCCUCAUUGAAUAAUAUUCCGUUAGAGGGAAAUAUUACCCACGUCCACCCCGAGGAAUGGAUACACAAAUCCUAUCCCGCACGUGAAUAUCAACAGAAAACCGAUCGUGAAUUUCACAUCGAUCAGUGUUAUAUACGUAAACCCUCGUCGGCAGAGCUAUCGAAUUACACAAAUCCCUUUGAUGAGCCUCAGCAAGAUCAAAAUUCCGAUUCAAUUGUACCCUGUGAUCAUUUUGAACAUAUUUCGGAAUAUAAAUCACUGAUAACGGAAUUUGAUUUGGUCUGCUCGCGACAGCUGUUGGUAUCCGUUACGCAGUCGUUUCAUGCCCUGGGAGCUUUGAUCGGUGGAUUUUUGGCAGUGAAGUCGUUGAGAAUAGUUAGUCCCAAACGGCUGAUGUUGUAUGGCAUGAUCGGCCAAAUCAUCUGUGGCAAUAUGACGGGACUGGUAUCCACGUUUGUUCUGCAUGUCUACUAUCGCUGUUUGACAUCGAUAUUUUGUGCCUUCAUGUAUACAUCGGGACAAUUGAUAUUGUCCGACAUCACCGCAGGCAAGGCACGAACAAUGACCAUAAUUCUCUCCGAAUUAUUCUCUUCGAUUGGUUUGAUACUACUACCGGGUAUAUCGAUAUUCUUCGAUAGCUGGAGUCAUUUAUAUGUGGCCAUAUCGUCGUCCCUAUUAUUGUUGGUGAUACCACAUAGAUGGAUAGCCGACAGUCCUCGCUGGCUACUCCAACAUCAAAAAAUCGAUAAGACCCUGACACUCCUUCUCGAAUCGGCAGCAUUUAAUAAUCGUUCAAUACCCUUAGAUAUGGAACAACGUCUCGAACAUUUAGCCACCGAAUUGCAAAAGAAACCAACGUCCACCUUUUGGUCAUUGUGGGAUGGUAAAUCCCCAAGACUUUUUAUCAUCCUAAUACAUUGGGCUUGGGCCGUCUCUGUAGUUAUCUAUAGCGUUAUGGUGGUAAUGAUACGUUUUGUGGAUACGACACAAUUGCAUGUCAAUACUUCGUGUUUGGGUUUUGCUGAAAUGUUGGGAAUAUUUUUGGGACUCUAUUUGACCCUUUAUACCCGACAUAGGUGGCUGUGGUCUGGAUAUUUGAUGUUGUUUGCUGGAGGCAUUACAUAUCUGAUUUGGUUUAUACCGGAUUCAAAUCAUCCAUGA